AUGAACACAACUGUCUUCAUAUUUAACGUACAACCACAAACAUCGACAACACGAACGAGUGUGGGUACCUCACAUCUAUUAAACAUUACGUCGUCAGAUCCAAAUUUUGCUGUGAUACAGUUAGGAAAUGGCUCAUAUGAAUUGGUCACGGCCACUUCUCCUUUAAAUUAUUAUUCACUCAAUAAUCGUUAUUUAUUCAAUAUUAUCGCCACACAAUCAUUUGUAAACAGUCCGCCAUCUACGUCGCAAGCACUUGUUCAAAUUAUUCUAUUAUCCGCUAAUGUACACUCACCGAUAUUCAUACCAUCAAAUCCAUCUUAUUCAAUAUUAGAAACAGCAUCAGAUAAUACCAUAUUUGGAACGGUAUAUGCUAGUGAUGCUGAUGGAAAUGAGCUAACUUAUACGAUAACAACGAUAACGACAUUCUUUACUAUCGAAAAAGCCACUGGUGUAUUAACUUUGACUAGGUCAUUUCCAUCCACAUCGCCCAGUCAGUAUAUCAUUACUGUUUCGGUUAAUGAUACAAAAUUUACGACACAAACAGAUGUAAUAAUUAAUGUAACUGCUGUCAAUAAACAAUCACCAACAUUUAUAAAUGAAAUAUGUGGCAAAACUUUUUCGUUUAAAGAAGACACUGUACCUGGCUCUACUGUCACAAUAAUAACAGUAUUUGAUUACGAUCGAGAACCGCAUCGUGAAAUAAACAUUACAUUUCCAUCGGAACAAACUCGAAUAACAGCCAAUGGCCUAAGGAAUAGUGCAUACAGUCAAUUUCAACUUGUACAAUUACCACAGAUUGAUGCAUCGAGAGAAGCAAUAUUACAAGUUAAUACAAAAUUUGAUUAUGAUGCACCAGGAGCAACACGUGUAUGGUAUCUGCUCAUAUUAGCAUCGGAUACUGGAACACCACAACGACAAUCAUUUUGCAGUAUUCGCGUUAAUUUGACAGAUGUUAACGAUAAUGAACCUGUUUUUGUCAUGACAAGAUGGAAUUAUACAAUAAACAACACAAUAAUUGGAAAUAGUCCAUCACGUUUUCUACGUAUAAUAGCAUUAGAUGCUGAUAGUGGUGAUAAUGGCAUAAUUGACUAUUAUAUUGGUACUACAUCGGUUUUGAGCUAUUUUUCGAUAGAUCAAACAACUGGUGUAAUUAUGUCAAAAUCAGAGUUUCGUAAUUUGACUAUUGCAGCUUUUCCCAUCAUAUUUACAGUUUAUGCACUUGAUCGCGGCUCACCACGAAUGAUGAGUCGAGUUAAUGCAACUGUGACAAUAAACUUCAAUAAUAAUAACGGUCAGCCAUCCGCUCGCUGGUUACAUUCAAGAUACGAAGACUUAAAUAUCAACAUCAGAGAAAAAUUUUAUGAAUUCUACAAAACGCGACCUAUAUUUGAUGAUAAUUUUAAUGGAUCUAUUAUUUAUCAAUUAGCACCAGGACAAUCGUCUAUAUUAACUGUUACAAGUCUAUUUGCAAAUAUAAGUAUUCCAUUUAGUGAUGUGCCUGUGAAACGUUUCAAUGACACAUUUGUCAGUGGAAUAUCGGCUACAUCCGGGUUACAUGCUGAAAUUCAAGAUGUGUAUAUGAUCUAUAUUCGAGUGCUUGUUAAUCCACCAUUAAUUGGUACAUUAACAAUAAGACUGAUCGAUGAAAAUGAUCAAUCACCGAUAUUUGAUAUACGGUCGAUUACACUAAGUGUAGUCGAAAACGAAAGUGGACAAAGACCAAUAGCACAAAUUCAAGCAUUCGAUCGUGAUGUAACAUAUCCGAAUAAUUUUGUUUGUUAUCGUAUGAAUUUUGAUUUAACUGAUCCAAGAGCAACUGAAAUUUUUUUUAUCGCUGAUAAUGGUACAGUAAUAACGAAUUAUACAUUUGAUCGCGAAUCAGAAGAUGCUUAUCGUUUAUUUAUAACGGCGUAUGACGGUGCACGAGUUUGCAAUGAUCCGAUUAAUAAUAUAAACAAUUCAAAUACACAAGAUUUUCAAAUUGACGUACAAGUGAUCGAUGUUAAUGAUGAACGGCCAAUAUGGUUAAAUUAUUUUGAAUCUAUAUCAAUUAAUGAAACAACAGCGAAUGGCACUAGCAUUGUAAAUAUUACAUGUACUGAUGAAGAUUAUGAUACGAUACUCGAUUUUGGUAUAUUAAGUGGAAAUGUCAACAACAUAUUUUCAUUUAUAAUGAUAUCAGAUAACUCAGCAGAUUCAACACGUACGAUGUAUCAAGCAACAGCACAAUUGUAUGUCGUCGGUCACCUCGAUUAUGAAAAUCAAGUAACUUAUAAUUUAACUUUAUUUGCUUUUGAUACACAAAAUUUAGCAAAAAUGAAUAUAACAAUUAAUUUAUUGCCGCAAAAUACAUAUCCACCAAAAUUUCCAUUGAUACCCGAUUCUGAAGGUUACUCAUACAAUGUUACAGAAAAAACAGCAUAUAUUUUUACUCCGAUCAUAGCAACUGAUCCCGAUAUACCGUCAACAGGUAUUAUCUAUUCGAUUGUUAAUACUGGCCAACAAAACUUGGAUAAUCUCUAUUUAAAUGAAUCAGCAUUCGGUAUUAGAAUGCCUGGUUUAAGGCGUGAUCCACCUUUGGGUUAUUCUGUAUAUCAUUUUUCUAUAAAAGCAACAGAUGAAUUUGGUAUGGGUUAUUCGAGUUAUUUACCAGUAACAAUUAAUGUUAUUGAUGUAAAUAAUAAUCCCCCAUAUCCAUCAAAUUCUCCGUGGAUAAUGCCAGAAGGUGUGCCUGAUCCAACAACGUCAAUUGUUUUUAAAGAUGUCGAUGAUCCUCUAUUGAAUCACGUCACAGCAUUUAUUGUUGAAAGACCAUCACCAUUUACCAUGUCACCUUCGUUCAGUAGUAACGGUACAUUUGUGCUAAAAUACCAAGGAAUGUUAAAUCGGAUUCAAACAAAAAAUAUUACAGUAACAAUCAAUGCAUCAGAUUCCGAAGGUAUAUCUGAAGUGUGGCCAAUUUCAAUUAUUGUUAGUGACACAAAUAAUAAUUAUACGAUAACAGAUGGUUUUAAAACAAUGACCGUUCUGUAUAUCAAUGGUUAUAAUAAUGCAUUGAGAAAUCAAGCACUCGGCUCUAUCUAUGUCAAUGAUUUAGAUGACUGGAGUCGUGCAACCAACAGUUAUCAAGUAAUAUCGAGUAGUUUGGGAACAUUUAAUGCUAAUGGUAGUGGACUUAAUGGAUACUUGUCAGCUAGUAGUACUUUGUAUCCUGGCUCAUAUACAGUUCGAACUACCGUCGUUAAAAAUAAUAUUUUUGCUGCCAGUGGUACGGCUACUAUAGAAGUACAAAAUAUUGACAGUGAAUAUGUGAGACAAGGAGCAACAAUAAGAAUACAAGGAGAAUAUCCCGAAAGUCUUAUUGAUCCAACACUCGGUAGACGAAUAGAUACGCUACGUAAUGCUCUAGCAGAAUUUCUGAUGGUUAGUGCUGAUGCUAUACAGAUACUAUCAAUACGUCCUGCUCCCUCGUUACAACUACAAAAUUCAUUUUUACCACCAUUAUCAUUUGAUGAACAAAAACAACAGGCAUUAACUGACGUUAUAUUCUAUGUUCCAAAUAUGGCUAAGGAAUUAGUUGAAGAUACACUAAAUAAAAAGCUUGAACUUUUUUCAUUGCGAUACGGCCUAAAAGCAAAUGCAAGUGGACUAAAUCCAUGUACAAAUUAUAGUUGUCCAGUAGGAACAAUAUGUCGCUAUGAUCGUACUAUUCAACCCCUACCCAAAUUAGUCGAUACAAAUUUAACAUCAUUUCUGGGCAUUAGUAUUCUCGAUUCAGCGGAUUGUAUCAAUAGUUCCACAAUUGUUCAAUCACCGGUUUCACCGCCAACAGGUUGUGUUAACUAUACGCACAAUAAUUCUACAUAUUGUCAAUGUACAGCGUUGUUAUCCUUUGCACCAUUAGGCCCGUAUUGUGAGGUAUUAGGUCGAACAUUUAAUACUGGUGAUUAUGCAUCGUUUAAUAGCUCGGUGAUAUCAAAUUUAUCACCAACACGUUUUAGUUUCGACUUUGCAUCAAGUUCACCAUUAAAAGAUGGCCUUUUACUACUAUAUGGCAAAAAUAGUCCACCUGUGGAUGAUUAUUUUUGGAUAGCUAUUGAAAUCUAUAAUUCACAAUUAAAUUUCCAUUUUCGUCAAAGAAUAUUAAACACAAGUACGUCAUUGAAUGCCUCAAUGUGGUACCAUAUCGAAUAUCAAUAUGUUGGUGAUACUGUGCUGAUAUCCGUUAAUGAUUGUCAAUAUAUCUUAGUUAUUAGUAAUAAUACAUCAAGCUCAGAUCUGAGCGCCGUACAAUUGUAUUUGGGCGGUUUGCCAGGUAUUGAUUCGACGAUAUCAAACUUAUAUCCUAGUUUAAUGACACCUGUAAACGCGUUUGACGGUUGUAUUAGAAAUCUUCGUUCAAACGGCUAUUACGUUGAUAUGAGUAAAGCACAACCAUAUACAAAUUUCAGUUACGGCCAAUGUUCAUGUACGAUAACAAAUUCUUGUACAUCCAUCACUAUACCAUUUGAUAAUAGUGUCACUGUACCGUGGUAUACAUGGUUAAUUAUUGCGUUAGUUCUGCUGGUAUUAUCAGUAAUAAUUACCUUGGUUCUAUUAACGUGUGUGAGAAAACGUCAGCGGAAAAAGACAUUGAUGAGUUUAUAUUCAACUGGCAUCAGAGAAAAUAUUAUCAACUAUAAAGAGACAGCUGGUGAAGAAGAUCAUUCAGGAUACAAUUUAGGAGUACUGAAAAAACCUGUUUAUGUAUCGCCAAAAAAUGAGAAUAUGUCAAGGAUAUCAGUGCCAAAUAUAGCUUUUACAUCGAUGAGCCAUCAUCGUCCAUCAUUAGAUGUUUAUAUCAAAGAUAAAUUAAACAAACAACAAGCAAUUGCUUUUUCUUAUGUAAAUGAUUCUCAAAGUGACACAGUAAUUAUACAAACGUCUAUACAAUCUAAUUUGAAUAAUUUCGAUAUUCGAUCUGAAUUUUGUGGAGCUCAAGAUUUUCGAUUGAAUGAAUUAAGAGCUAUGACAAAUUGUGUCAUUGAUGUUAAACCACGUGGAGUACAUGAUCCAUUUUCUAAUGUUGCAUGGACAAUUAAACAUGAAAAUCCGGAAAUUCGUGAAUUUGUGGUCAAACGCUUGCAAAAUUGGGCUAAAAAAACUCAAAUUAUUUGCGAUUUGUAUUACGAGGAUUUUCUAUUUAAACAUCCUGUUGAGUCCAAAUUGUCAUCGGCUCCUUCGCAAUCAAAUACAUUUGAACGUCAUUAUCAUCAACAACAACAACAACCAUUUAUUUCAACUGAUAGUUGUCUUAUGCGACCAUCAGAUAAUAAAUCGAUGCAAUCGUUUGAUGAGCCGUCACUAAUAAACUCAAAUGAAAAGUCUCAAAAUUCAUCAACAAAUGACAAUGAAAAGCAAGAUUCAGUUUUAGAUUAUGAUGAAAUGUCACCCCGGGAUGUCCAGCAACUGUAUGAAGAAGCAAAAUGGAAUGGGGAAAUGUCAGACGGAACCGAUUAUGAAGAAGUUGCCAGCUCGGGCGCCACAAUCAACGCCAACAAGGCGGGAAAAGCGGAAAACCGCGUCGAUUAUGGCAUACCGGCUGGGAACUCUGAUCCCAAUCGAGAUAUCGAAUUAUAUCCUGAUCGGGAUAUAAAAAAGAAUUUUGCUGUAAAAAAGAUAGCCCAUCGUAGUCUUCGAGUCCCGUUUGAGCAAUAUCUUGCUCUAUCAAAAUUUUCUCAAAAAUUAAAAUAUCAUGUUGAACCAAACGCUUACUAUGAUAAUGGCAUUAUCGAUAACGUAAUUCAUUUUGUUGAAUCAAUGGAAGAUGUGAAUAUGAAACACAGUCAAAAAAUAAAGACCAAGGAUAAUAUUGAAUACUAUUAUUAUCAAUUGAUAUUAAAUGAUCGUAUUCUAUUUCCUACAGGCAUAUCAAAAUCUGAAAAACAAGCAAAACAGCUUGCAUAUAAAAAUAUGAUGGAAAUUUGUUGUUAUGAAUAUGGUGUAAAAAUAAAACCGUUAGUGAAUCAUCGUUAUAAAGUAACAAAACGUUCAAACUUUCCAAAACAUGAUGAUGAUGACUACGAUCACGAUAUUACUUCAUCAUCUUCAUUAGAUGCUGAGGAAAACACUGAAGACAAUGAUUAUUAA